AUGGAAUAAGUAAUUUAGAAUGAUAAUUUAGUGUUGUUACAAUAAAAAAUAUUAAGCUAUCCAAAAACUAAUGAGGAUCUUAAAUCAAUUGCAUCAAUAAUAAAAGUCACAUAAAUUUUCAACAAACUAAAUGAACUCUAUCACCAACAAUUAUCUCAAGAAGGGUAAAUAAAACUCUGUAAUUACAUUGAACUUAAAAAUUAUUAACUUGGUGAGUAAGUUGAUCCAAAUUAGGAGUUUGUAGUUUAACUAAUUCUAAAAGGUCAAAUUGAAGUUUAUUAUUUGGAAGAAGGGUACAUCUAUAAACAUGAAAAAUACCUCAAAACCUUAAAUCCAUUAUUUUAUAUAGAGGAGGACUUUUAUGUUGAUAAAAUUAAAUAUUAGCAAAAUCAACUGUUAUACAAAGUCGCAUUUAAUGACUCAAUUAUACUAUUGAUUGACAAGAAAGAAUGCGAUGAAAUUUAUAACUAUUAUGGAGAGAUAUUUUUGUUUAAACAUAGAACUUUAAGCAGAAUAAUACCAGGUUUGGGAGAAUUGAAUUCUAAACGGAUACUGGAGGCUCUGGCCAAUUAAUUUGAAAAUGUUAUUAUUCCUCAUAGCACUUAUAUUACUGAGGAAGAUCAAAUAGGAGAACAUCUCUUUUUUUUGGCAUAGGGGCAUGCUUCGUUUCAGAAGAACAAAGAACACGUCUUUAACGUAGAGGAGAGUGGUAUUAUUGGGGAUGAAUUGUUAAUUGAUCCAGAUCAGGAUUAAAAUAGCGUUUAAACUUAUUACUACACUGUAAUUGCCAAGUCAGCAUAAGUUUUGCUAUAUAAAAUCAAACUUAAGAUCUUCACACGUCUCUUCCCAAAUACAAUUAUAAGACAUAUCAUUGCGCAGCAUAAAUGUAAAAGUGGCAGUUUGAUUUAUAGAAAAAUAAUUGAUCAGGCUCCUUGUAGGAAGUAAACCUAUUGA